AUGAUUUUAAAAAAAAAUUUAAAUAUAUUAACAAAUAAUAUAAAUAAAUAUAAAAAAUAUUUAAUUAUCUCUUAUACAAAAAUAACAUAUUUAUUUUUUAUUUUAUUAAAAAAUUUUUAUAUUAAAAAUAUAUAUAAAUUAGAAAAUUGAAUUUUAGUUUAUAUUAUAUAUAGUAGUAAAAAAUUAAAAUUUAAAUUUUUUAAUAUAAAAGAUAAAAAAAAUAAUAUUACAUAUUUACAAUUAAAAAAAAUAAAAAAACAAAAUAAAAAUGGAAUUAUUUUUACAUCGAAAGGUAUUUUUUUUAUUUCUGAAGCAAUUAAAUUAAAACAAGGAGGUAUAUUAUUUUGUUUAAUAUAUUAA